GAGGAGGAGCAUGUCGGACGGUUUCGAUCGGGCUCCAGGUGCUGGUCGGGGCCGGAGCCGGGGCCUGGGCCGCGGAGGGGGCGGGCCUGAGGGCGGCGGGUUCCCGAACGGAGCGGGGCCUGCGGAGCGGUCACGGCACCAGCCGCCGCCGCAGCCCAAAGCCCCGGGCUUCCUGCAGCCGCCGCCGCUGCGCCAGCCCAGGACGGCCCCGCCGCCAGGGGCCCAGAGCGAGGCCCCCGCAGGCUCCCAGCGGCCUCCUCGGCCCGGGGUGCUCCCAGAACAAACAAGGCCCCUGAGAGCUCCACCUAGUUCACAGGAUAAAAUCCCACAGCAGAACUCAGAGUCAGCAAUGGCUAAACCCCAGGUGGUAGUGGCUCCCGUAUUAAUGUCUAAACUGUCUGCGAACGCCCCUGAAUUUUACCCAUCAGGUUAUUCUUCUAAUUAUACAGAAUCCUACGAGGAUGGUUGUGAGGAUUAUCCCACUCUAUCAGAAUAUGUUCAGGAUUUUUUGAAUCAUCUUACAGAACAGCCUGGCAGUUUUGAAACAGAAAUUGAACAGUUUGCAGAGACCCUGAAUGGCUGGGUUACAACAGAUGAUGCUUUGCAAGAACUUGUGGAACUCAUCUACCAACAGGCUACGUCUAUCCCAAAUUUCUCUUAUAUGGGAGCUCGCCUGUGUAAUUACCUGUCCCAUCAUCUGACGAUAAGCCCACAGAGUGGCAACUUCCGCCAAUUACUACUUCAAAGAUGUCGGACUGAAUAUGAAGUUAAAGAUCAAGCUGCAAAAGGAGAUGAAGUGACUCGAAAACGAUUUCAUGCAUUUGUACUCUUUCUGGGAGAACUUUAUCUUAACUUGGAGAUCAAGGGAACAAAUGGACAGGUUACAAGAGCAGAUAUCCUUCAGGUUGGUCUACGAGAAUUGCUGAAUGCCCUCUUCUCUAAUCCAAUGGAUGACAACUUAAUUUGUGCAGUAAAAUUACUGAAGUUGACAGGAUCAGUUUUGGAAGAUGCCUGGAAGGAAAAAGGAAAAACUGAUAUGGAAGAAAUUAUUCAGAGAAUUGAAAAUGUUGUCCUAGAUGCAAACUGUAGCAGAGAUGUAAAACAGAUGCUCUUGAAGCUUGUUGAACUCCGGUCAAGUAACUGGGGUAGAGUCCAUGCAACUUCAACAUACAGAGAAGCAACACCUGAAAAUGAUCCUAACUACUUUAUGAAUGAACCGACAUUUUAUACAUCUGAUGGUGUUCCUUUCACUGCAGCUGAUCCAGAUUACCAAGAGAAAUAUCAAGAAUUACUUGAAAGAGAGGACUUUUUUCCAGAUUAUGAAGAAAAUGGAACAGAUUUAUCAGGGGGUGGUGAUCCAUAUUUGGAUGAUAUUGAUGAUGAGAUGGACCCAGAGAUUGAAGAAGCUUAUGAAAAGUUUUGUUUGGAAUCAGAGCGUAAGCGAAAACAGUAAAGUUAAAUUUCAGCAUAUCAGUUUUAUAAAACAGUUUAGGUAUGGUGAUUUAGCAGAACACAGGAAAGCAAGAAAAUGUGUCACACUUAUACCAAAUUAAGGAUGUUGAGUUAUGUUACUAAUGUAUGCAACUUUAAUUUUGUUUAACACUAUCUGCCAAAAUAAACUUUAUUCCCUAUAACUUAAAAUGUGUAUAUAUAUAAAAUAGUUUAUUAUGUACAGUUAAUUCCACUGUUUUGGCUGCAAUAAAAUUGAUUUUGAAAUAAAUGAAAUGUUGAAAGUAAAUUUUGCUAGCUGGUUAGAUACUUUUAAGUUCUUGAGGGGAAAAAGUCUUAGCCUAGAAAUACAUAUUACUGCAAAAAUGUAGCAUUCUUUUCUUAGGUAUGACUAUUAUAGAUUUUAUUUCAGUUUGAUAUAUCUCAUAUUAAUCACAAUCAUGAAAAUCUUUAAGGGUCUUGGAAUAUAUCAACAACUGAUUUACAUAUGUAGAUGUUAUUGGAUACCAAGGGCUUUAAAAGUGUCAUUAAUGGAAAAAAACAAAACAAAAAAACCUUAGAACUCUCCAACUAAACCACCAAGACUCUCUUCACUGAGGAUUUAUUCUAAUUCAAGAAUUGUUCUUUUUUGUUUCACUUCACUAACUUCAUUACCCUAAGGCCUAGAACAUUAUUCUGCUUUUAUUUAUAUGGCUUUCUCACUUUUAUUUUGUAGCAUGGAUUGCAUUCACUUUUUUUUUUAAUUAGAGAAUUUUACUAGAUAUUUCACGUUUUCAUCUGCUUUGUAAUUGAUAUACCUUGAGGGUCACUUUUCUAAUACUUUUACUAUAAUGUGGUACCACCUCAACCCUAUUUAAGUAGUAUUUUUACUUAAUGUCAUAUCUUUUUUCAACUAACUGAAACUUGUACAUAUAAAAGGGUUGCUUGUAAAUAUGCAUGUAAAUAGUUCUGUUAAUAACCCACUGUUUUACACUUGGUACAUCUGUGUCUGCUAAUACAGUUAGCUUUCUCACUUUUCUGCUUGUUUGUUCAGUCUGAAUUAAAAUUAGACUUUGAAAAUAAA